AUGACAGUCAGGAUUAUGCUGUCGAUAUUUUUUGUGACAUUCUUCGGAUUCGCAUGCGGACACUUCAGAACACUUGAGAAGGCUCGACUAUCGACUCUGUCCUGUAAAUCAAAUUGCUUGGAAAACUUCACACCCCCGGGACUGCAAGGAGAAUUCAACUGUUUCCAACACUCGUACUGCUGGACGUGCUGGUUCGGAUGCAAGCUUUUCCAUCAGAAUCUUGCGGCAUGGACCGUCCUCUGCAGUCAAAAGAGCCAUGAAAUAUGCUUGGAGGGAUGUCAGACCUCGUGUCGCUUCCAUCAGAACGACAACGAGCUGGACGAAGCGGCGCAUCCCGAAGGACCCCUGACGACCCAAGAAGUUGUCGAAGAUGUCAAGUAUCAGUACGAUCUCGAAUAUAACACCACCAACAUCGAGUGGGACUAUAAACCCAACGCUGAAGUGAACGGCCUCAUACUCGUUGUCGGCACCAACGAGAGCCUCAGCGACACAGAAUCGCUGAAACCCCACGAGCUUUUCAUCAUCGGAAGGACCUAUUAUCGGAACAUCACAAUCGAUGAUAAGAUCCUCGACGAGUUCUGCACGAUCCGCCUCGCGACUGUGGACUCGAGCAAGAAAAUCAGCCUCCUCAACAUCCAUACCGAACAUCUGAAGCGCCACACUAACAAAUGUCAUAGCACAGGCGUGCACCACCACCCGCCGAUCAUAAGCAGCAUCCAUGUGACCGACCUCCGGAGGCGCUACAAUCUUUCUAUGUCGGAGAGCUCAGGGAGCACCACAAGCGAACCGUCCUCCGGUUCCACCACUCCCGCUCCUCCAGCCGACAGUGCAGCUGCAAAUGGAGUGGCCAGUCUCCCAGGAGAUCCUUCUUCCAACAGCACGCCACCCGCAAAGCCAUCGGAUCCGGAGCCGUCGAACGUUACUUCUCCACGAGACCAAAUAAGCACCGCGCGGCCGCUGGAACUCUUUGCGGCGCCGAUUCUGGUCGCUUUGACGUCACCACCUUCGACCGGUCCGUCGCACCUCAGCGGCGAGGAUUUAAGUCCCGAAGUGCUUAGAGCGGAAAUUCGCUGGGAACCGUUCGUAAACUCGUCGGAGGAUGCGUCCUGCAUCAAGUACAAGGUCACUUGGAAGUCGGCCCUUAUCGACAAAGUUGCAGGCGAUCUAUUAACGUGCUCGACCAACACCUCAAUCUCGGUUGAGCGAAACAGCGUUUACCACGUGUGGGUGAGUCUCUUCGGCCACGAACAGAUCCGAACCCAGCAGCUGACUGUGGAAACAGCCUACGCUCAGUAUGCCAAGCUACGCGCCAUGGAGAUCUGUCAUGGCUGUGUACGCGGCGACUACACUACGAGCGUUUCAGCCGCUCUUGCGUCCGUAAUCGUUUUGGCUGUGGCGGUAUUCCUUCUCAUAAAGAGCUACCGGAGCUACACUUUGAGGGACCACAAUCUUCGCAGUCAUUGCGGAUCCUCCUUCCUGAUGCCGAACGCCCUUUUGGGCGAACUCGGCGCCAAACCCUCGAUGCAAGUCAUCGAACCCAAGAUGUUGACCUCCAACAGCACCUCCUCCCGAGUUUCUGCUCAUGUCACCAUUACCCCCAUCGCCGCCCACGGUCCUGAAGAAGCCCCCAGCAGCUCUAGGAAUGGCACCUACGAACCUUUAAGCCUCGAAGACGAGGACGCAAAUUAUUUCGUGUUCGAUCUCCCCAAGAACUACACUGCCGUCUAA